ACGAUCCCCAUCUGGCAGAACAAACCCCAUGGCUCAGCACGCAGCGUUGUCAGGAGAAUCGGGUCAAACCUGCCUUUAAAGCCCUGUCCCAGAGCAACCUUUGAGGUUCUACCUAAUGUCUCGGAGCUCUAUUUAAAUGAUGUCCCUCCAGUCCCCACCUUGGCAGACAUUGUGUGGAUAGCAGCAGAUGAUGAAGAAACAUACGCCAGAGUCAGAAGUGACACUCGCCCGCUGAAGCACAAGUGGAAGCCGAGUCCCUUCACUGUUAUACAGCGAAAUGCUUCAGUCCCCAACCUGAGGAAGCAGGAGGAGAAGCUGCUCGCCUUGAAGAAACCUGGUUUACCAGCACUGAGCCGAACAACAGAGCUCCAGGAUGAGCUGAGUCACCUUCGGAGUCAGAUAGCUAAAAUAGUCGCUGCAGAAUCAGCUUCUGCCUCAUUUACACCAGAUUUACUAUCUCCAGGAAGUUCAAAUGCAUCUUCUCCUUUACCUUGUUUCGGACCCUCUUUCCAAUCUACAACCUCCUUUGUCAUUAGUGACAUCACGGAGGAGGAGGCAGAGCUGGAGAGCCCCGAGCUCCCGUCCGUGUCCCUGCUCUGCUCUGCAGCCUCCGAGUGCUGUAAACCAGAGUCAAAGGAUCCUGACGACGAGGAUUCCGUGUCUCUUUCCAAGGCCAGCAGUUUUGCAGACAUGAUGGGCAUCCUCAAAGACAUUCACAGGAUGAAACAAAGCAAAGACUUAAACCGAACGUCGCUGAAGGAGGAGGACCCAGCCGUUCUCAUCGCAGAAGUUCUGAGAAGAAAAUUUGCCCUCAAGGAUGAAGAUCUGGCCCUGAAGGAGAAGUGAUGCUCCUGGCAUUAAACUCUGCAAGCAAGUGCUCCCAAAAUUCUUUCCACAGUAGCUGCCUUCCUAAGGAUGGAGCCUUUUGCCUCUUUUAUUGAUGAGAAAUGGUUUCUGCGCUGGACACUGACUUAGGAAAGACCCUUUGGAUUUGGUGUGUUUUCCAUGUAUUGUUACAUUUAACAAAAAAACUUUUUAAGAAGAUGGAAAUUCUUUUCCACCUGUAUUUUGAUGUUGAUUAUUGCUGAGGAUCUUCUAGAGUGAAACACGUGCUGCUGGAUGAUGUUCUUCCCACCUA